UAGAAUUUUUAACAUAAUGCUAGUUGCUGGAAGUUGAUCUGUUUGGCCUAGCAAAAAGUUGGUAAUGUUUUCCGUAAGGUACUUAUUAGCAUACGCAAGCUUGGCUCUUGCAUAUUUGUAGCUUUAUAUGGUUUUUUCUUGUUCAAAUUUCAGGCGCCAAGCAUUUCUAUUUAUUUUUUUGUUAAUCUCUCGGUGGACUCAUUUCUGGCAUCAAUGGCUAGUUAAAUCUAGCUAUAGAUGGUAAACAUUUAAAGCUAAGGUAGCAUAUGUUUCCUUGUAUGGUUUUGAAGUUCUACCAUGAUUUUUUAUGUGAACUGGGGCAGAGUAGUUACCACUGUCACCAAAUCCAUUUGGAUAUCGAAUUGUCGCUCCAAUUAGUAGUAUGCCAUUAGUUACUUGUUAUCACUAAACUAGGAGAGUAUACUAUUUUAAAUUCUAGUUUCAUUUGUUUUGAAAAUAUUUUUAAUGAAUAAAUAAUUAUGCAGAAGCAACACCCAAAACUAUCUUGAGGACAAUGGGUGUUAAGGGUCUUACUCUUUUCCACUUAAAGAGCCAUCUUCAGAAAUACAGAUUAGGGAAACAAUCUGGUAAAGAGGGGUCAGAGCAAUCAAAAGAUGCAUCCUAUCUUCUAGAUGCUCAAAGUGGAAUGAGUGUGUCCCCUAGAGUUCCUGCCCAGGAAAUGAAAGAAAGCCAAGAAGUUAAAGAAGCACUGAGAGCACAGAUGGAGGUGCAACGAAGACUGCAUGAACAAGUGGAGGUCCAAAAGCGUGUGCAGAUCAGAAUGGAAGCGCUUCAGAAGUACAUCGACAGUAUCCUAGGGAGCGCAUGCAAGAUGGUCACUGAACAGUUCGCUUCAAGUGGCUUCAGUAUCUCCGACCCUGAUCUCCCGGAGAUAUCCCCUGGAGGGAUCAUGUGUGGCCCCACGGACACACUGAGCUCCUCAGUGUUCAACCAGCUUUCUGUCAGUUCCAUCGACUCGCACAGUCCAGGAGGCAAACCUUCUCCAUCAGGCAUGGAAGGUCCGCCAUUGCUCCUCCAGAAGUCCCCUGAGCUGAAGCGGAGGUCCUCUUGAACUGUGACAGCAAAUUCUGAGGGUGGUGAUGGCUAUCUUUGGUAGUGAUGUGCAAUAUGGUGGUGACAAGGAAAUGGUGGUCCGGUCUUGUGGUAGCUGACUUUCUCCAGGUAGCAGGGUGUACUGUGUUUGUCAUGGGAUUAUGAUUCUAGCAUCCUUAGCACACUUGAAAUGUUGACUCGUGUCCUACUGUCGUUUGUGUUAAUCCAUGUAUGCACAAUGAUUCAUGUUGGGACAUGUUAACAGCAGAUGUUUCAAGCUUCGUAUCUGUCUCAAUUGCCCAUGCAGGCUUCCCAACAA